CAAACACACUCUCUCUCUAUACCUGUCUUCUCUCUUCUUUAGCCAUUGCCGGCUGCCCUCUUGAGCAUAGACCAAACGGAUUUAUGUAUGUGAAUUCAGAGUGAAAAAUCACAGAUUUAGGGUUUCCGAGCUCCACAAAUCUAGGUUGCUGAUUGGCAACUUUCUGGAGAAGACAAAGAAAAAUGCCAUCAAGGUCCAAUAAUGAAGAUCAACAGACAGAGAAGGGGACACAAGACACGUCAGCUGGAACAUACGCCCAACCUUGGUGGCGUGGCAUUGGGAUGACUGCGUUAUCUUCACCUGUAGAAAACUCAACUGGUGGUUCUCUCCAAUUGCAUAAUAAUGGUGAUGCUGGUGGCAACAUGACUACGGCACUCUCACCUAAUAGUGGAUUUAGUGACGGUGAUGGAAAAGAACAGAAUCUCUCCAAGCAGUCAACUGUUGGUGAAAACCUUGAAACCAAUUCCCAAAUGGAACUUGUUGGCCACUCAAUUGUGUUGGCACCAUAUCCUUUUCCAGAUCCAAGCUAUAGUGGGCUAUUAACAUAUGGGUCACAGGUACAUCCUCCUCCAUUAGGUAUGCAUCAAAUGAGGAUGCCCUUGCCUCUUGAAAUGGAAGAGGAGCCUGUUUAUGUAAAUGCAAAGCAGUAUCAUGGGAUUCUGCGGAGAAGGCAAGUACGAGCUAAACUGGAGGCGGAAAGGAAGCUCAUAAAAGCUAGAAAGCCAUAUCUUCACGAAUCACGUCAUCAACAUGCUAUGAAGAGGGCGAGAGGUUGUGGGGGACGUUUCCUCAACACAAAGAAGCUUGAGAAUGAGGACAGUAAUCCUACUUCUGAAAAGGAUGGAAAUAUGGGAGAAGGGGCUGGACCAAAUGGGGAUGCCAGUCCACAAAACCGGCAAAACGAUGAAUCUACUUUCUCUGACGGUUAUGGAGUGUGGAGCAAUGGUGCGACCCGGCAAGGGGGUUCUUUCAACAGACUUUUUCGUUACAGCUUACAAUAUCCAAACAAAUAAGUGAUUGUUGAUGCCAAGAUUCUCAAGCAAAGUUUCUUCCAAGAUCAUAGUGUGUUCCUGCUUGCUUUGCCUUACCACUUGAUGUUCCUAAAUUCAAUGAUGUUUCUCUUAGCAUGUUUGACGUGGAGUUUUGGGGAUUUUGUUCAGUUUUUUUUUUUAGAAGUUUUCUAUUAUAUUA